AGAGAAUUUGUGCCUCUACAGUCACCUCGACGCAGAUAAGAAGAGAAGAGAGACUUGGCCUUCUUGCAUCAUGCUCGACCAUGGUGUCCUGCUCGCGUUUGUCUUCCUAUGACCCCUGGUAAAGAUAAGGAGACUUUGUGCCCCUACAGCAAUCGUGGGAGCUGGGAGGUGUCGCUGUUGGCCGAGGAGGUGCCGCCUGGGCUGACGCUCAGCAUCAAUUUCGCUCGUCACCGCCCACUCCGACUCGUGGCUCCUCUCAGCUGCAUUCUUCCUCAGCAUGCCGCUGAGUGCCUAACUAGCGAUAAGGAGAAUUUGUGCCUCUACGUCCACCCCGACAUAGAUAAGAAGAGGAGAGACGUGGCCUUCCUGCAUCAUGCUCGACCAUGUUGUCAUGCUCGCGUUUUGUCGUCCUCUUCCCCCCUGUAAUGGUAAGCUUGUUGCAGUAAGAUGAGUAGAUAUGUCUCUCUCAGUUAUGAAAUUUGUAAUUGGGACUGCUUUCUAGUAGGUUUGGCUUAGGUGUGCUUUUGCAAACUAGUCAGAUGACACAAUAGUAUGAACCUUUAAAA